CCCGGCGCGGUGUGGACAGCAAAAGCUUUCGAAAGAGGAAGAAGUUACCUCCUCAAAAGCUGCCAAGGCAUCGCCACGGACCAACGUACCUUCCAUGGUCGACGUACACCGUCGGAUGGCCGCCCUUAGCCCGUCCCACGCCGCCGGCCUCCGCCGCCUCUCCGUCCGCGCGGCCACAGCAUCCCACGCCGCCGCAACUCACCGCCUCGGCAUCCUAUCCCUCCGCCCCAUCGCCGAGGGCGUCCUCUCCCACCUCCGCGCCGCCUCCGUCCCCCUCUGCCCAGGACUCUCCGAGCCAGAGCUCGCCUGCCUUGAGGCCGACCUCGCCUUCUCCAUCCCCCCGGACCUCCGCGCGCUCCUCGCCCUAGGGAUCCCCUCGGGCCCUGGCUUCCCGGAUUGGCGUGCCCCCGGCCCCGGUCGCCUCCUCUGCCUCCCUCGCGCAGCCGCAGCCUUCCAGGUCGCCUGCGGAACCUUAUGGCCGCGCUCCUGGGGCUCCCGCCCUGCCGACCCUGCACGGGCCCUCCGCCGGGCCCGUGCCGCUCUCCGCCGUGCACCUCUUCUCCUACCGCUCUUCGGCCGCUGCUAUAUCCCCUGCCUCCCGUCUCUCGCCGGGAACCCUGUUUUCUACGUCGACGACUCUCGUGUGUUCUGCUGCGCCCUCGACUUCGCCGACUUCUUCCAGCGUCGUUGGCCCACUUCCCCGCACGCAGAUUUCUCUUGCCCUCUCCCCAGCCUCGACGCCUGCCGUUGGAUCGAGUUCUGGAGCGACGCCGCAUCCGACCGCCGCCGCCGUAACUCCUCUUCUUCGUCCUCCUCCUCAGCUUCGGAUGCGGUCUCCUCGUCUUCAUCGCCAUCGUCUCCUCCAGAUCCGGAGCGCUUCGUGGAGAUCCGCACCCCGAGGCUGCCGGACUGGGUCGGGGGUUACCUCGAUGGCAUCGGAUCCGUAUUGAGGCAAGGUGGGUGGGGCGAAUGCGACAUCCGUGAGAUGGUCCACGUGCCGGCCUCAAGGGUCUUCGACAGUGGCGACCAGCCGGACACGUCGUCCGCAAUCGACGCCGAAGUGGUGCUCGACGCUCUGCUGGUGAAAGCGGGCUGGUGCUCCGACUCGCUCCGCCUGGCAGGGUGGAGCUCCGAUGACAUCUCCGAUGCGCUGGACCUCAAUCUCCUCCGGCCGAGGGGAAGGGAGCGAUGCUCGCCGGUUGUGAAACUACCGCCUGCGGUCGCGCUUAAGCUGGAGAAGCUGGUGGAGGCCGUGGCCCGAUCCUAACUCGCAGUGGGCAGACUCAAUCGCGGAGUAUUUUGCUUUUCUUAUUUUUUAAUUAUCCUUUUGUUUUUUUUUUCUCUCCAAAGGUGUUUUGUAACGGUCGACGGGUUGGAGUGGGAAUAGAGUAAAAAACGAGCAAGACUAGUAUUAUACAUAGAAGUCUUUUAAUAACUAAUAAUAUUUCAUGUCAUUGUAAAAAAAUUUGA